AUGAGAUCAUUUACGCCACAGAUUUCAUGGCAUAAUAGGGAUCCCAUACUAAGCGUCGACUUCCAGAACCGGGUGUUGACGCCGUCCGCAGACACCAAGGAUGGCAACGCUGUGUCCUAUCGCAUGGCCACCAGUGGUAACGAUUCCCACGUAAUCAUAUGGAAGGUGACCACCAAUGAGAGGACACAGUCAUCGACGGCGAGCACAGGCGCUGAUCAGACGCCCGCUGCGCCUAAACGGGCGCCAAAUGUGGGCAUUGAAUGUCUGGCGGAUCUGACGCGACAUCAAAGACCCGUAAAUGUGAUCCGCUUUUCGCCGAAACUCGAGGACAACCUGUUGGCCGCCGGCGACGACGACUCCUAUAUCUAUAUCUGGAAACUGAUGGACGAGUCGGCCGUCAAUAACACGGAGAAUGAGCUGAAGUCGCCGUCGGACGCGCCGGUCGUUAAUCCAAGUGUUGGUAAAAAACAGGAGUUUUGUGUCAAACAUAACGCCAACUCAGACGACGAUGAGCUCCAGAUUCUGGAGCAGCAGUCGUCCCUUAAGACAAUCGAUGGUACGCCCAAUGGCUUAGAGAACUCGCCGUUCGGUGAGGAGGAGAUGAUCUCAACGGAGGUCUGGAAACCGCAUAAAAUACUUCGCGGACACCUGCAGGACGUGUCGGACAUAAGUUGGUCACCGGAUGGUCAACGGCUAGUGUCGGCGUCGGUGGACAACACGGCGAUCGUAUGGGACGUCCAUAAGGGCCAGAAGUUGCACAAAAUCGUUGAGCACAAGGGCUUCGUUCAGGGCGUGACGUGGGAUCCGAUCGGCAAAUAUUUAGCCACACUUUCGGCCGACAGGAGUAUGAGAUUAAUUGACGCCAAAAGCGGUCGCAUUGUCUACAGAGUGCACAAAAUGCGUACCGAAGACGACAAGAGCUCCCGUCUCUUCUACGACGACACCCUUCGCUCGUUUUGCCGGCGCCUGACGUUCACACCGGGCGGGGAGUUCCUGAUCGCACCGUCCGGUAUACUCGAGUUAACCGACGAUAACACCGAUAAUAGCAACGAAGAGACAAAUAAAUACAUUAAUACGACAUAUAUUUUUGAACGCAAAUCGUUGAAUAAACCAUCAUUUUAUUUACCGUCGAAGAAGUAUACGAUAGCCGUUAGCUGUUGUCCGAAGUUAUACCAACUGCAGGACAACCUCGAGAAUCAGUUCCAGUUUCCCUAUCGAGUAGUGUUCGCUGUGGCCACACAAGACUCGGUGCUAUUUUAUGACUCUCAACAGAGCUUACCCUUCGCGCAGGUGUCGAAUAUACACUAUUUAAGGUUAACUGACAUUAAGUGGUCACCCGAUGGUCGGGUACUUAUCGUGAGCUCCACCGACGGGUUCGCCACAUUCAUCACAUUUGAAGCCAAUGAGUUAGGCGUUCCCUACGACGGGCCGGCCUUUAACUUCGAGGAAAUGGAGACCUCAUCGCCGGUGAUGACCGGUAAGAACAGCUCCAAACUCAAUGUGUCCGCCACGGAGAACAUUGUGGUAACGCCUGAAGUGGACAGGAAUGCUAAGCCCAAAGUGGCCACACCUUCCAUUACGGCCUUCUUUAAGCCGACGGAACUCCAGAGAACACCCGAAGUGGUGGUCAGACCGUUGGCUCAACAGCAGAAUCAGUCCAAUUGUCCGCCACAGCAGCCAAACGGACAGACACUGACACCAAAACACGAGUCCAAGAGUCCCAACGUAUUAGUGCCGCGAAAAAAGAUCAAAUUAACUACUGUUGAGACCAUUGAUCUCGAAUGA